CUCACCUUUCUGGCUAAAGGUCAUAUCGACGACACUGCUUGGCUGACAAACAGGAGUGAUCAAUACAAGGGCGUGGCUUAUCAGUAUAUAAUAAGAUUGAUAUCGGGACGAAGUCGACUUCCACACCUUUUUACACACAAGCCAUCUCCACAAAUCAGUAGAGACAACAAGCUUCAACAUUUCUAUACCAAAGAAAGAACACAACGAUGGCUAAACUCACCGACUUCAAGGUCCUCUCUUUCGAUGUCUACGGCACACUUAUAGACUGGGAGACUGGUGUCCUCGACGCUCUCCAACCUCUCCUGGCUCAAAACAACAAAGCAGAUGCCUUUACCCGAAAGCACUUGCUACAAACAUACCACCACCACGAAGCUUCUCAACAACAAAAGACACCAUCAAUGACCUACUGCGACCUCCUUACUACAAUCCACCCCCUGAUAGCCGCAGACCUAGACUGUUCCCCUCCCUCCGAGAACGACAACAAAGCCUUUGGAGAAUCCGUAGGCACCUGGCCAGCCUUCCCCGAUACAGUCACCGCACUCCACCGUCUCCAAAAGCACUACAAACUCAUCGUCCUCUCAAACGUCGACCGAGACUCCUUUGCCCUCACCAAUGCCUCUCCACUGCAAUCCUUCCCCUUUGACGCUAUCCUCACAGCUCAAGAUAUCGGGAGCUAUAAACCCGAUGCCAGAAAUUUUGACUACAUGUUAAAGACUGUGUAUGAGAAGUUUGGAGCAGAGAAGGAGCAAGUGUUGCAGACGGCGCAGAGCCAGUUUCAUGAUCAUGUUCCUGCUGAAAAGGCUGGGGUGAAGAGUUGUUGGAUUGUGAGGCCUGGGGCGGAGAUGGGCAAUCUGGAAGAUCAGGAGGUUUGGGAUUGGAGGUUUGAUACGCUGGGGGAGAUGGCCGAGGCUGUUGAGAAGGAGGUGGAAGGGUGAAGGUG